UAACAAGGUCAGAGAAAGGUUCUCUUUUGAAAGAUGCAGACGCUUUUCAUCGUAAGCAUCUUAUUCACAGCCUGUGCACAGCCUGUGCACAACAGUUGUGCUGUUCUUAGUGAUCUAUCGGGUAAAAUGUUCACCUUUCCAGUGGAGUCCAAUACUGCUCGUGUCAGACUCCUACCAUCUCGAGUAAACUUUACCUCUGUAACGGUCUGCCUCAGGUUCCGUACCGACCUUGAUCGAGAAUACACUCUCUUUUCGAUGGCAUCCCGUAGCAAUACCGAUGACUUCUGCAUCUUCAAAAAAGCAAACAAAGGUCGUUUGGAAGUGUGCACACGUGGCAAGUGUAUUGAUUUUGAGGGCCUACCAGAUGAGCUAAACACCUGGUACUCGAGCUGCGCCACCUGGGAUUCCAACUCCGGAUCGACUCAGGUCUGGAUCAAUGGAAAUCCAAGCACCACGGUCGUUGGAUUCCAAGGUCCUCUGGAUGGUGCCCCUUUCAUAUUAGUGGGACAAGAACAAAACAAUGUGGGUGGAGGGUUUGAUGCCGCACAGUCAUUUGUAGGGAUGAUCACUGAUGUCCAUAUGUGGGACUAUGUCCUCUCUGCUUGUGAGAUCCAACGGUUUGCUAGCCACCUGAAUUUCACCCCUGGAGAUGUCAUCAACUGGAGGGCGCUUGAUUUCACCAUCACUGGGGAUGUUGUAGUUGAGGACAGUCAGUUAAGUCGCUGUUCUCAUAGUGAAUGAUGAUGACUUGAUGCACAUUCAAAAAUCAGCAUAACUAUACAAAGUAAAAAUAGAUAUGCUAUCAUUAAUCACCUUGUGAAUUUUCAUGGUUAUGGAAUCUUUUAGCAAUAAAAAAAAUCUCAGCA